CUGUUUUAUGUCGCAUAUUCCAAAUACCGUGAAGGCGCAUUUCUGUACCUUCAAAAUGAGUAUGAAGAAAGACUCCUGGCGGAAAUGCAAGCAUAUUUAUAUAUGAUGAAAAACAAAAUAAAUAAAACAUGUAUGGAAAAUGGAACGAAUAAGUUGUCAAAGAUGUAUUAUGCCAUGUUAAGGAAAAACCAAAGUAGAUACAUCACAGGUGAGACAGGCUACAGUAACUACGAAGCUGACAUGGAACAACUGAAAGGGGAUUUUUUUGAAGAGAAGAAGCUUUAUGACAAAGAUGUUCUAUAUCAGUGCUUUGACGAGUUUAUGAAGAGCAAAUCUGAUGAUAAGAUGGCACUGUACCGCCGUGUAACUGGCCAACGGAACAAAGACGAAUACG